CUGAUGCUGGGCUGUGCAGACUGAGAUGCUGGGCUGUGCAGAAUGUGUUCGAAUACCCGGAUGCUGAAUUUCACCACACAUGGACUCGAUCAUCUGGAGAAAUCAAAUCUGCUUUGAUUCUGGCAUGUUCCAGAUGAGACACGGCAGACAUGACUGUCACCGCCUUCACCGUCUCCGUGCUGUGGCUGCUGCCGCAGGCUGCCGUGGCCCUCUGGGCGUGCGUGCGGAUGUGUCCGGCUUCCUGUUCGUGCACCCAGGAAAAGAGCUGCAGUGUGUUGUGUGACCGCUCCGGCCUGUCCGAGCUGCCGAGAGAGUUCCCGUGCGAGGCGUCGUCCAUCAACCUGGACAAGAACCGACUCAAGUUCCUGUCGGAGCGAGCCUUCGGUACUCUGCCCUCCCUCAGGUCGCUUUCCCUGGACCACAACAACAUCUCCUUCAUCACACCCGGAGCCUUCAAGGGCCUUCCCAAUCUGGUGGAGCUGAAGAUGGCCCAUAACGAGUACAUCAGUUACCUGCACACUCGCACCUUCACCGGCCUGAAGAGGCUGGUUCGUCUGGACCUUUCCGACUGUAACCUCUUCAACAUCCCCGACCGGAUCUUCCUGGAACAGACGGCCCUCAGAGAGCUGCUCUGCUUCCAGAACAACUUCCGCCGGGUUCCCGGAGCCAUUCGAGGGAUGGAGAACCUGACCCACAUCUACCUGGAGAGGAACAAGAUAGAAGCUGUGGCCUACAACUCUUUACUGGGCCUUGGGAGCAUCAAGUACUUGAACCUCCAGGAGAAUCGCAUCAAUGUCAUUCACGACCAGGCCUUUCAGGACCUGGUGCGGCUGGAGAACUUCUACCUGAAUGACAAUCUGCUGUAUGACCUGCCCCGGAUGUCUUUUAAAGGCCUCAGCCGCCUCAAGAUGCUCAACCUGGGUGGGAACCAGCUGACCAACGUGUCACGGACCUGGUUCAGUGACCUAGUGGAGCUGGAGAUCCUCUACCUGGACAGGAACCGGCUGACCUACAUCGAGGAGGGCUCUUUUGAGAACUUGACCAGUCUUAUCACGCUCCACCUUAACAGCAACAACCUCACCAGCCUUCCCUUUCCCGUCUUCCAGCCCAUCUACUUCCUGGGUCGUCUCUAUCUCUUCAGGAACCCCUGGGAGUGCGACUGUUCCCUGGAGUGGCUGAAGGAGUGGAUGGAGAGCUACAAGCUGGUGCGGGAUGUCCCCUGUGCCUCGCCCUCAUCUGUGGCGGGCAUGGACCUUAGUGAUGUCAUCUUUGCCAAGCGCAACGGUUCAUGUUUGGACCCUGCGGAGCUGAACAUGACUACAGUGUCUUCAGAGACCAUCUCUACCACCGAGAACCGCUUCAACAGCCUCAUUUCCAAACUCCUCCAGCAGGAGCUCAGAGAGGAGAUGGGCAACGGGACUGAGAGCCUCCGCAAUGGGACGACUCCGCUCGACCCCGAGGAUGGACAGCUCUCUGCAGGGGUCAGAGGUCACAAGUCAGAGGCAAACCACUCACUGCUCGGCUUCCUUGUCAUGUGGUACAUCUUGGGGUUGAAUGGCCGGCCAGUAUUUGGCUUCAGUGUUUCCGACACGUGA